UAGCGGUCCGUUUCCGGCUGAGCCAGCCGCCACCGCCGCCGCCGGGUGUUUCGUUCGGAGAGCGUCCCGCAGGCUCGUCCCGGCUCGCGGCCACGUGGCACGGCCCCGCCGGCUCGGCGCCCCUGCAGUGUAGCGCUCCCCUUCCCCCCCACCGUCGCCGCCAGACCUGGGGUCCCCCCGUCUUCCCUCCGAGCGCGGCCUCAUGGCCGUGGCUCAACGCUUUCGGUUCCGGGAGAAGCCAGGCCCUGGAACGGACGGGGCGGUGCUGGAGGUCCGCGUCCCGCAGGUCCUGCAUGUCCAAUAUGGGAUGUAUGUUUGGCCCUGUGCUGUUGUUCUGGCCCAAUACCUGUGGUUUCACAGAAGAUCUCUACCAGGCAAAGCUGUCUUAGAGAUUGGAGCUGGAGUGAGCCUUCCGGGGAUCUUAGCUGCCAAAUGUGGUGCUGAAGUAAUACUUUCUGACAGCUCAGAGCUGCCCCACUGUCUGGAUGUCUGCAGGCAAAGCUGCAGACUGAACGGCCUGUCACAGGUACAGGUUGUAGGGCUGACGUGGGGCCACAUAACAAAGGACCUACUGUCUUUGCCACCACAAGACAUCAUUCUUGCAUCUGAUGUGUUCUUCGAACCAGAAGACUUUGAAAGUAUUUUAGCCACAGUGUACUUCCUGAUGCAGAGGAACCCCAAAGUUCAAUUCUGGUCCACCUACCAGGUCAGAAGCGCUGACUGGUCACUUGAAGGCUUGCUCCACAAGUGGGAUAUGAAGUGUGUCCAUAUUCCUCUGAGGUCUUUUGAAGCAAACAAGCAACAUAUAGCAGAGUCUACCCUCCCAGGAAGACAUACCGUUGAAAUGCUGGUGGUCUCCUUUGCAAAGAGCAGUUUCUGAAUUGUACCUCAAGCUUUUGGGGGACUGUGCCAAGACUGAAUAGCCAUCCUGAGGUUAAGAUCAUAAGCAGAUGUAUGCAAUGGGGCCUGAAGCCAAGACUGUGAUAUCAUGCUCAUGGGCAAUGUUAAUUUUUAAGAUUAAAACACUUGAAAGGA